AUGACAAAACUGGCUAACAAUAAACUUGACCAACACGAGAUUUCUGAUGAGAAUACUGUUCAAAUUAAAACUAUAGAAAUAGACGAUUUAAAGCAAGAUGAGAGUAAAAUGUCAGAUAAAGAAAAUUAUUAUUUUGAAGACAGUGAUGACAGCGUUAAAGAUCCUAAUUUCGAAACUGGAUAUGGGAAUGAAAGUUCUAACUCAGAUAGCAGCGCUGAUCGUCCGACUUCAAGAAAGCGUGUUAGACGGGUUUCUCAAUUAUUAUUAAAACAGAAGCAACAAACACAACCUUACGUAAAUACAGAUACUCCUGGCCAAUCGGUUUGCACCACAUCGACCUUUCCUAUAUCUAAAAAUAUUCCGCAGCAUAACCUGUCCACAUCCUCCGAUUCGUCUUCGUCGACUUCCUCGUCGAAUAGUAGCAGCAGCAGUAGCAACAGCACAGUUAGUUCUAAGUCAAGUUUAUCUAAAAAUCGCUGCAGUUCUAAUGAAAUAGUACCUGCAUCUCCGCCAUGUAAACAAGAAAAUAACGUAGUUGAAAAUGAAGUUCCUCAGUUAUCGAAGAGUCCAGUCCGUAAAUCUUGCAAAAACCGUAAAUGUUGUGUUAACGAAUGGUUGUCGAAUAAGGCAAAAACACUAAUAAAUACCGGAGAGUCCUACACUUCUCGUUCUAAAUCAAGAAAAAUUGUUCCUAAAUGGAGCUUAAAACCUCCG